AUGGCUUUUGCCUGCAAGAGCACCAGUGUGGGCAAAGGGGCCAGGAAAAAAGAUGAAGAUUCAGGGACUGAUGUGGGAGAAGGGACAGAUGAAUGGUCCCAGUCCAAAGCCACAGUCAAACCACCUGACCAGCUGGAACUGACUGAUGCGGAGCUAAAGGAAGAGUUCACCCGGAUUCUGACAGCCAAUAACCCACAUGCACCUCAGAACAUUGUCAGAUACAGCUUCAAAGAAGGCACAUAUAAGGUUGUUGGCUUUGUGAAUCAACUGGCAGUUCACUUCAGCCAAGUUGGGAACCUGAUCCCCAAAGACUCGGAUGAAGGACGGCGGCAGCACUACCGUGAAGAGUUGGCAGUAGGUUCUCAAGAGUCUGAAAAGGUGGUGUAUUCAGACCUAGAACUGCCUGAAGAGGAAGAAGAGCCCAAAGAAGCAGAAGCUGAAACUGGGAGUCAAGUAGAUGUGCCUGCAGCUGAGGAACCUGAAAAAAUGAUUGAAGAAUUUAUGGCUCCUAAGCAACCUAAGGAGCAGAAGCUCACCAACCAGUUCAACUUCAGUGAGAGGGCCUCACAGACCUUCAAUAACCCUCUGCGGGACCGGGAAUGUCAGAUGGAGCCUCCUCCAAGGACAAACUUUUCAGCCACAGCCAAUCAGUGGGAGAUCUAUGAUGCGUAUGUAGAGGAGCUCAAGAAGCAGGAAAAGACCAAAGAGAAGGAGAAGACAAAGACUCCAGUGUCUAAAAAAUCAGGGGCGAUGGCCACGAGGAAGCUGACAUCAAUGGAGUCCCAGAGUGAUGACAUCACCAAAGUGAGCCAAGCUGCUAAAAUCGUAGAGCGGAUGGUCAACCAGAACACAUAUGAUGACGUUGCUCAAGAUUUCAAGUACUAUGAGGAUGCUGCUGACGAUUACCGAGAUCAGGAGGGCACCCUGCUGCCACUCUGGAAAUUCCAAAAUGACAAAGCCAAGCGCCUGGCUGUCACCGCCCUCUGCUGGAACCCAAAGUACAAGGAUCUGUUUGCAGUGGGACAUGGUUCUUAUGACUUCAUGAAGCAGAGCCGGGGCAUGCUGCUGCUCUACAGCUUGAAGAAUCCAAGCUUCCCUGAAUACAUCUUCAGCAGUGACAGUGGCAUCAUGUGUCUCGACAUACACGUGGACCACCCCUACCUGGUGGUGGUGGGCCACUAUGAUGGCAACGUGGCCAUUUAUAACCUCAAGAAGCCCCAAUCCCAGCCUUCCUUCCGCAGCUCCACCAAGUCCGGCAAGCACACGGACCCUGUGUGGCAGGUCAGGUGGCAGAAAGAUGACAUGGACCACAAUCUUAACUUCUUUUCUGUGUCGUCUGAUGGAAGGAUUGUGUCAUGGACACUCGUGAAGAGCGAGCUGGUUCACACAGAGGUCAUCAAGCUGAAGGUGGAAGGCAGCACCACAGAUGGUCUCGAUUGGUUGCAACUACACACAGUAGGCUGUGGCACUGCCUUUGACUUCCACAAAGAGAUCGACUACUUGUUCCUAGUGGGCACAGAGGAGGGGAAAAUCUACAAGUGCUCUAAAUCCUACUCCAGCCAAUUCCUCGAUACCUAUGAUGCCCACAACAUGGCAGUAGACACUGUGUCCUGGAACCCAUACCAUACCAAAGUCUUCAUGUCCUGCAGCUCUGACUGGACAGUGAAGAUCUGGGAUCACACCAUCAAGACCCCGAUGUUCAUCUAUGACCUGAACUCAGCUGUGGGAGAUGUGGCCUGGGCACCUUACUCUUCUACUGUGUUUGCAGCAGUCACCACUGAUGGGAAGGCCCAUGUGUUUGACUUGACCAUCAACAAAUAUGAGGCAAUUUGUAGCCAGCCCGUGGUGGCCAAAAAGAAGAACAAGAUCACCCACGUGAAGUUCAAUCCCAUCCAUCCCAUCAUCAUUGUGGGUGAUGACCAAGGGCACAUCACCUGUCUCAAGCUCUCACCUAACUUGCGCAAGAUGCCCAAGGAAAAGAAAGGGCAGGAAGUACAGAAGGGCCCAGCUGUGGAGAUUGCAAAAUUGGACAAAUUGUUGAACCUGGUGAGAGAAGUAAAAACCAAGACCUGAGGGCUGCCCUCAGUACCAGCUAUUGCUUGAAGCCCCUGACCCUGGUACCUAGCCCAGCCUCAGCACUCAGCAUGUG